CUGUAGGUGCAGCCUGUCCCUGUUUAUGUUUCUGACUCAGGCAACUUAUUGUGGAGCUGUUGCCAGCCCCGGAGAUACACAGGCCAAAAACAAAACGCGAAGAAGUUACGUUGGAUUUAUCUUACGUUAAGAAACACCGCAGCGGACACAUGAAAAAAUUCGCGUGAAUCAACGCACGAGGCAUUUAAAGCGUCCAACAUGUUCACGCGCGGGUCAAAGAAGCGACGCUCCAAUCGCUCGAUGGAGGCAGAGGAUCCAGACAGAGGGCAGCCGUGUAUGCGCUGUGGAGAACAGUGUCCUGGCUUUCACAUGCACGGAUGGAGGAAGAUCUGUGUGCACUGUAAGUGUGUGCGGGAAGAGCAUGUGGUGCGCUCGGUGCCCGGCCAGAUGGAGAGAAUGAUGAUGAAGCUGGUGUCUGACUUUCAAAGGCACUCCAUAUCCGACGAUGACUCAGGCUGUGCCUCGGAAGAAUACGCAUGGGUACCUCCCGGACUCAAGCCUGAACAGGUUUAUCAAUACUUCAGCUGUAUUCCAGAUGAUAAGGUUCCAUACGUGAACAGUCCAGGAGAACGAUAUCGCAUUAAACAGCUCUUACACCAACUACCAGCCCACGAUAGUGAGCCUCAGUACUGUAACUCUCUGGAUGAAGAAGAGAAGAAGGAACUGAGGUUAUUCAGCCAGCAGAGGAAGAGAGAGAAUCUGGGACGUGGCAUCGUACGACUUUUCCCAGUUACCAUGACUGGAGCCAUCUGCCAACAGUGUGGCAGGCAGAUCUAUGGUGGUGAUAUGGCAGUGUUUGCGUCUCGGGUGGGUCAUGGCUCCUGCUGGCAUCCUCAGUGUUUCCAGUGUGCUUUCUGUAGCGAGCUUCUGGUGGAUCUCAUUUACUUCUAUCAGGACGGACACAUCUACUGUGGCCGACACCAUGCUGAACGCAUCAAACCCCGCUGCCAGGCUUGCGAUGAGAUCAUCUUUGCUGAUGAAUGUACGGAGGCAGAGGGCCGUCACUGGCACAUGAAACAUUUCUGUUGUUUUGAGUGCGAGACAGCACUCGGAGGUCAGCGCUACAUCAUGAAAGAGAGUCGGCCCUACUGCUGCUGCUGUUAUGAGUCACUGUACGCUGAGUACUGUGAUACCUGCGGAGAACAUAUUGGUAUAGACCAGGGUCAGAUGACAUACGAGGGCCAGCACUGGCACGCUUCUGAAGCAUGUUUCUGCUGUGCCUGUUGUCAGAUCCCUCUGCUGGGUAGACCCUUCCUGCCACGCAGUGGGCUCAUUUUCUGCUCUCGCUCCUGCUCGCUGGGUGAAGACCCAGAUAACUCAGACUCCUGCGAUUCUGCCCUACAGUGCAAUUCUACAACACAUAAAACCACUCAAAAUCAGCAGCAUAGUUCCACACUCCGGCCACAGGGGGGAGCCAAUCCCACUGCUGUCAACUCUAAAGCCAGUACAAGGAAGAAUGCGGUCAUAGCGACCAGUACAUCAACAGUGAAUGGGGGUAGUCAUUUUCCACUGGAGAGCAGAGGUGUUUACACCUCAUUCACUGCCAUACCAAAGGGUGAUCCUCCACCGUAUGGACUAAGACACUCCUAUUCACCAUCUCAGCUCUGUCCUGUAGCCAAUGACAGGGCAGCAUUACCGUGCAGGGACCAAUCAAACAUCAGCAGGCAUCAAGUGAAUAAAACGACAGACAGUUCGUGCAGUGAUUUGGAGUUUACAGUGGAGCUGAAUGGAUAUGCUGAAUUUGGCCCAUUCCCACCAAGCUGCACAUCCAGGGGGACUUCCACAGCAAAGGAUUGUGGGGAGUCUGGGGACAUCGUCGAGAGCAGUUGUACAGAAAUUCCCCCCCAACCUCCACCUUCAGAUGAAUUUGACAACCUAGAUGACUCCUUUCCGCCCCCACCACCCCCUGUUUUCUUCGAGCCAUCUGAUUCACCGACCCAUUCAGAUUCCCUGCCUACUGUCACUGAAGCGGAAGACCCUCCCACCACACUUGUACGCAGCAGCACGGCCCGGGUCAGCUUCAGAGAACCAAUCAGCUGCAGUUAUUCAGUGGAAGAGGAAGAGUGGGAGAAGCAGGAAGAAGUAGGGGUAGAGAGAAAAGAGGGAGAGGAGGAGGAGCAGGAGGAAGAUGAAGUUGAGGGCAGUUUGGGACACAGGUUGCGGAUGUGCAAUGUACCUUCACAAAUGGACCUGUUGGAUGGAUCGUACCACCGUGGUUUCCGGCGGGGCCACCUUGCCACAGAGAAGCGCUUGCGGUGUUCCAGAGGCUCGAGGAGCGACAGACCUCGUCUGGACACUCUGGACAACUGGGAUGGUGACCAUAGGGGUCGCUCCAACAGCGUCCUGGAUGGCAGCAGGAAUGGCAAUCUGAAACUGCACUUCACCCGCUACAGACAUGAAGAAUCCUGCUCAACCUGCUCCUCUUCCUCAGACUCAGAGGAGGAAGGCUUUUUCUUGGGCCAGCGUAUUCCUUUGCCGCCGCAGCUGAUGUUUGUCGAGAGGGAGGGGGAAGGACAGAGAGUGAAAGAGGACAAGGAGAAGAGACAAACAGGAAGUUUUAGGAGGAGAAGGACACAGAGUCUCAGUAGAGGAGACAAGGAUAAGAACUGCAUAUUGUCCUGAGACAGAGAAUGAGGCUGUGUUCAGAAUAGUAUACUACCAUACUACUCUUAUUAUUGUUGAAGUAUAACGUGUGUAUACCAGGGCUCAAGAGUCAGAAAUUGUUCUGCUUACCCAGCCACGACUAAGAAUGCAUUUGAUUUUUAGAAAUGUAUUUUUAUAUGUAAAAGAAAAAAAAGUUCUAUUAAAUGUUAAGAUGAUAACCAAAUUUCAAGACAUUUUUACACUAUAUUGGAUUAAAACGUGAAAUACCGGUAACCGUCUUUAUUUCCCAAGAUAAUAACUGGACGCCAUUUGCUGAAUAAUCAUGAAACGUGAUGAAGUUAUUCGACAAACAUAGUGAGUUCUUGUGACAACAAUAUAUUAUGCUGCUGUUUUAAACUUUUAUCAUGGAAAAAUGUCUACUUUUUAAAAAUGAAUAGGUACUUGAGCAGUAUUCAGUAACAUGUUUGAUGUAAUCCGAUCCACUCAUUUAAAGUAGAAAAGUAGUGUAAUGUUUUACAUUUUGCAUUCUUGUAAUCAGAUUACAGUUUCUGACUUUCAAUUAAAGUUAUUGCUUUAAGUUCAUUACUUGGAUUAAACAUGUUUCUAAAAUAAUAUUAUGUAUAAUACAUUUGAAACAUGAAUUAAUAUGUCCAUAUGUACGUCAUGAUUUUGAAUAUGUUGAGCAGAAAAACAAAACCUCUUCAAUGAAAAGUGUUUUUGUAAGUAAACUCCUUAGUAAUGUGAUUUCAGUCAUGACAACACUCUGGAAGAAUUGGCAUGUUAAUGUGUGUUUGACAUAUCGGAAGGGUAGUAGUCUUGGCAGACUAGAUCUGCUGACCCUGCUUCUUCUACUUCAGAGCAAGUAUGGAGACUUGCUACUGCUAGAACUUAUAUAGACAUACUAGACAUACAAUUCCCGUGUAGCAGAACUAGACCUGUGGCGGUGGGUUUCAGAAAAAUAAACUCUCGCAGUAUGCUGCAGAGAAACCAGCUUAUAUUCAAAACUGAGCUAUUUAAAUGUUAGACAAAGAGAGAUAUGCGAAUUGAUUGGUUAGCAGAUUACAAGUCAAAGGACCAAUUAGCUUACACCAUACCAGCUUACUGCCUUAACAUGUCACAUGGGUGAGCCAAUUGGCUAAUGGAUAACAAGCUUGCACCACAUUUUGCUAAAUGCAUGGCUGAACUUUUUUGAUGAAGUAACUGGUAAAUUAAUCUUAUCAAUUUUAGAAAAGUAAUUAGUAAUUUGCAUUACAGUUACUUGUUUUGGAUUAUUAACCCAACACCGUUAAGUAAGUAGUAAGCUGCAUUCUGUUCGGAACAUGUGACACAGGAAAUGCUAAUUUUGUGAUUUUUAUUUUAAUUUUUUUUCUUGUGCAGGAUUUUAAAAGACCUUGUCGUGAACAUAUAUCACAUUACAAGAUCUAUCAACUCUGUUCAAUAAAUUCAAACCAAAUCAAGAAACUGCUUCGUCAUGAACAAAGAUUACAUUAUCUGACAGUCUGUGAAUCUGUGUACCACUAUUUGUUUAUUUUUUUACAGAUGAUCACAUAUAUUUUCCUAGAAGUAGUUAAAGGUGCCUAGUCAAAUAUACUGCCAUUAUUUUAUCUGACAGGGCUGAGGAACAUUUCUAAAUCAAAUUGGGCUUGGAAAAGUUACAAGACAGCUUCCAAUUUUCUGUGAAAGUACUCCAUUAACUACUGUACAUUGAAUAUAUUUCAUUUGACAUUUCUUUAGAGCUAAGAGACUCUGCUGAAAAUGGAAUACUAGCAUAGUAUAAUACUGUGCAGUAAACAGUGCAUGCUGCCGAUAUUUGUUUUUAUAAACAUUAUGUGAAACACUGCCAGAGAUUGUUCAGCCCUGAGAUGAAGCACUAUUAUUAAAACGAAUGUGAGAAAAGUAAGGGAAACCUUUUUAGAAAAAGAAGUCCCGCCUUACAGGUAAAAGAGCCAAUCACCUUUCAGAUAAAGACCUCGUCUAUCAUAUAACUGAAAAAUGUGCAUGCGCAAUAGCUGGAAAAUAGACUUUUUAGGGUGAUAUGAACUAAAGAAGCACAGUUUCUUAUACCAUUGUUGACAGAUUGUACUGCUGAUUCAAAAUAUGUUAUUUGAACGUAAUAUUGACCAACCGGUUAGGAGAAUUCGGUCUUUUCCCCAUUGAAAUAGGCUAUCCAUGGAAAAUAGCUGCCCGGGAGCGUCCUCAAGAUGGCGGCCGAGUGGACUGACUUGCCCUGAAUGGGACUUUCAUGCAUUAUGCAUAUAACGAGAAACGUUUUGCACAGUAGUGCAAACUACAUUGGUUGUGUCACAUGUACUCACUGGAUUGAACGAUUCAUUGAGUAAGUGGUGUCCAGAUCUAGGAAAUGAAAGUUUAUUUUGUGUAUCCAUUUUAUGAAGAAGGUUGUAUGCUAUUCCAAACAACUCUGUUAAAACCAGAGAUUAUCUGAUCUUAAAAUAUUCUUUUAAAAUGACAGAAAUUAGUGUUGUCUAGGGGCUUCAAUAAAGGUCACAUCUAAUCCCAUAGUAUCUAAAACCAACUACUUAAAAUGCAUACUUGUGGUCAGUUGUAGCUUGUUUGACCUGUUUUGAAAGGGCUGUGUCAUUUGCACUUGAACUAAGUGAAACUUAUUGAAAUGUAAACACAAUGUUAUUUGGUUGCUUCAUUCGAGCAUGCAUUGUCAUACGUGUUGUUUGAGAAACAUAAGUCAACCAACAUGAUGUUCCAUACUGUUUCUUGGUGGCUAUUACGGGCUGUAAUUAAAAUGUGACAAUUCAUGAACUGUAUGAUAUGUAAAUAUUUACAUUUCAAACCUGUAAAACGAGAAUUUGAAUACAGACAUAUGGCUUUCUCUUUGUGUUUUAUGAAUUAA